AUGGCGGUGGGCGAUACAGCAGCUGGAGGGGCGUGCCGCCGCGCCGCGCCGCUCUCUGCUGUCCGCUGUCCGCUGUCCGCCUACCCAGCACCCGCCGUGACGCGGGCCGCUCAGCGGGGGUCCCUACCACCAGCUGGUCGCCGCGCCGCCGCGCCGCCCCGUGACGUCACCGGAGAAGCGCCGCACGCGGUCGGUAUCGCCGCCGCCGCCGCCAUUGCAGCGAGCUCGAGCGCCCGCCUGUCCCAUAAACUGCAGCAGCCUAAUAGAGUGGGCCGUCUCGGGCAGCGCGCCGCGGCGUCGACGCCAUCUGUAAUCGACCGCGACGGGCGCCCGCCCCCCGCCGUGACGCCCCGGAGUGGGCCACUAUGCAGUCCGCGGGAGGCAGAGGUCCUCGGCGAGGCGGCGGCGGCGGCCCCGCAGACAAAUGCGGACCGAGCCGGAGCUGACUCCUCCAAAUUAACCUUUUUGUUUCGGAACGGUAACCCCGCGGCGGCGCGCGCCCGGCCGACCCCGCGGCCGAUCAGCACGUUAAUUGAAUGUGCCAAUCAAGUUAAUGAAACGCCGGGCGGGCUGCCUACCUGCCGGCGAUGA